AUGGAGCAAACCAGGCUAUUCCAACCGUCUUCUCUGAGACGGAAGAAUUUAAAGAAACUAACUCUUGGGGGCUCCUCCGCAUGCGUGGCUUCUCUUACCGUUGAGAGACCUUCAAUUAAUCGAUGUGGCUCUGACACACUUGCCAUGGGAUUACAUGCUGUGAAGCCCGAUAGCAGUGCAACUGGUGGAAAUCUGAUUCUGCAACCCAGUCCGACGGGGUCCGACUUGUCCUCAGCCGGUGUAACGCCAACUGAUGAAGUGAAGGAGCUGGAAUCUGAAUUUCAGAAUUUGUCGUUAUUCAAGGACAAUGGCAUACAGUUGCAGGACCUUGUUCAGCUUGGAAAGAUUGGGUCUGGUAACUCUGGUACAGUCAUCAAGGCAUUGCAUGUGCCAGAUUCGAGAGUAAUAGCCAAGAAGACGAUCCCGGUAGAAAAUAAGACAUUGGUUAAGAGCCAAUUGAUAAGGGAACUUUCCAUAAUGCAAAACGUCAAGCCUCACCAGAACAUAGUAGGUUUCUAUGGUGCAUUUUAUACCGCCUCCACAACAAAUGAAAUUGUCAUUCUUAUGGAGUAUAUGGAUUGUGGUUCAUUAGACAAAAUACUUUCGACGUAUAAGAGAUACUUAAGUCGUGGUGAGCUAGAAUUUCGCGACCCAUGGUUUAAUGAGCUUGUACUCUCUAAAAUAUCGUUUGCGGUUCUUAACGGCUUGAGCUAUCUCUAUGGACAUUAUAAGAUCAUUCACCGAGACAUUAAACCUUCCAAUGUACUAAUUAGCAGCAAGGGAUUCGUAAAAAUAUGCGACUUCGGCGUUUCUAAAAAGCUUAUCAAUUCUAUCGCAGAUACUUUUGUUGGUACUUCUACUUACAUGUCCCCUGAACGGAUUCAAGGAAGUGUUUACACAACAAAGGGUGAUGUCUGGUCCCUUGGUCUUAUGAUCAUAGAACUAGUGACCGGCGAGUUUCCACUCGGUGGACAUAAAGAUACACCUGAGGGUAUUUUGGAUCUUCUGCAAAGGAUAGUCAACGAGCCUCCGCCAAGAUUACCCUAUAACCCUGAGUUUUCAAAGGAGAUGGUCGAUUUUGUCAACCGGUGUUGUGUGAAAGAUGAGCGUGAAAGGUCCUCGUUACAGGAGCUUAUGUGCCAUGGCUUUAUCGAAAGGUACAAGUCGCAAGGUGAGCGAGAAUUUAGGCACUGGUGUAAACGAAUUAAGCGGAGGAUUAAGGAAGAUAAGAUGCUCAAGCGUGAGGAGAAAGAGCGAGCAAAGUUGGUUAGCCGUCAAUUGGAAAGUGCGGCAAAUGCGGCUGCUGCCGCGAGGCAAAAUCGUUAA